GCCCACCACACAGGUGUGCUCAGGUAUACUAGAGUGGUGAGUGUAAACAAAGUUCUCUCGUCGUCACACGGAAUAUAACACAACUUUUAAUCACUCCAGAUGGUUGGAGUAUUAAUAUUCUUUAGCUGAGGGAUAUUCCGGAGAGGGUCAUCAUGUCGAAUUCUCUGAGGAGAGUGGCCAACUGUGGCCUCUUUCUGGCGAUUUUAGAUUUGAUUCAUGCUGUGGUCACUGCUGGAUUCUACAGCUACGAGCUCAUCAUUCACUACAGGUGUCACUGGAAUCAUGGAAUUCGAUGGUGCCAGUACUACUUAAAUGACACGAACCACAGCCUUCGUGUGAACAUCGGCAUAGGCGAAGGAGUCGUGUGCCUCUUAUUCUCCAGUCUUCUCAUCGUUGCCUUCUGUAAGUACAAGCCAUGGCUGGCAUGGCUGUGGUUAGUGAAGGCACUAGUCGUCAUAGGCGUGAAUGUCUACUUCAUCAUAGGCUGGAUGAUUGAGAGGUCCCGGUACUACCACAGCCUGUGGAACCAAAGUAACUACGACCAGGACAAGAUCUUCCUGAUGGCGGGCAUUGGACUCACUAUCAUCGAGCUCAUCAUCAUGUUUAUUUUCUGCUGCGUCUCCGGAGCGUUCACUUACAAGGUAAAAAGACAGCAAGUCCCCACAAUGGAAUCGGACAUAUGAGCGCCAGUCUUGUCAUCCAUUGCCAACUCUCACAAGAGAAUCGUCUGGUGUUUCAAGAGGCAGAUUCACGGCAGAAUUUUUCAGACUGUUCAGAAUCUUUCUGUGCUAUUGGAAAGAGAUCAUUUUUUUUCUGCCGUGCCUGAAAGAAACUAGUUUGUCCCACGAUUUCAGAAGUGAAAGACGGAACAAUGAUGUGCUGUGACAGUGUUAGCCAAAUAUCUAGAAUGGAUCUGGCAGUGCAAAAACAAUAUUCCUAAACUAGGUUUUAUUUGCAAAGGAUGAUCAGAGAUGUUUUGAACUCACGGUAAAGAAGCUUCUUUCAGCAUCAAACGGCACUUUGAACUGAUCUUUGCAAAUUACUCAUAACUGGCAGUUUUCAAGGCUAAUUCUCUAAGGUCCAUGAUCACUUGUAUUGAAAUAUGAAGAGAUGGUUACAGUAUACAUGAUACCACAGUUGAUUUUGAAAUAACUUGCAUCAGUGAACCAGUGCCAAUACAUGCACCCAGAUCGUACUUGUGGAGUUUGCUGCUGUUGGAAGACGCUGGCACAUAUUCGCUUGGCGAUUUGUUUCAAGAUGUAACUUGCUCUUAUUUGAUCGUAAUCUGUUUGAUCUUUACGUCUUUUCUUAGUUUUAUAAUACCUUUUAAUUUUCAGUAAUGACAAGAAGUCUGUCAUUACUAGGUGGAAGGAUCAUCCUGUGAUGAUGGUGCCUUGCUCAGCCUUAGGUUGAACCUUCUGAUGUACCUUACAUAGGCUUAGUAUAAGACUUACAAUAAGUGUGGUGGCUAUACCAUAACGUUACCAUGGAAGGAAAAGAUAACGUAGCUUAUAAUACCGUUGUCCACAUAUGACAAUGAACUACGAUAGAUAGAGCUAUGAACGAUUUUGAUUAACAACUUCAAUCCGUAUGCACUUACAAUCUCAAGAGAUUGUUACAAAACAUUUGCUGUUAAAAAUAUUAUUUACAAUGUGCCAACUUCGUACUUGUAGUUGAGAAUCCUGAGUUUUGUUUCACUUAGAUUUUGAAUCGUCCGAGAUAACUUGAACCUAAGGGUCGUCUACACUGCAGUAAAAUAUCGGUAACUCAUCGCACACACAUUACAAACUGGUUGAAUACAAGUUAACGACUUACUGGUAGUCCUAACCAAUACUUUAUACAAUUAUCCAGUAUUGACCAAAGAUUCGUUCACCAUUUACGGUUGUUGACCUCUUUUCAAGUUGUUUGUUACAAGUAUGAGAUAAGGUGCCAACACGUGUUGACAACAUUUAUUGUAGCGUGGACGCACCUUAAGGUUUUGAUUUCCUGCUAUCAAAUGGAUCGGCUUUGUAGAAUUCAAUCACUGAGGGAAAAAUCAUCCAGAGCAAAGACUUGUAGCAUGCGAUGCUCAACGGUCACAACCAAACUGCAGUAAGAUAUGAUGGUAUGAAAGAAAUCUCGCAAUCAGACUGUUUUCUUACCAUAACCACUUUUGCCCAAAUAUCAAAGACACUGCCAUUUUUAUAUACAGUUUUUAAUCUUCAAGUGUAAACUUCUUGUCAUCAUUAGACUGUACACUUGUCUGUGAAACAGCCCUGUAGUCACGAAAAAGUUUCCAAAAGAUCGUUCAUCUAACUAUGCGAUUUCAAGUGCUUAAAGAUAGCUUGAACUUUAUUCUCGUUGUUAGGACCAUUUUCUCUGCCAAUUACGCAAAGAAUUUUCACAGAUUAAUACAACAGUACAUUAGUUCCUCAAGGGAGCAAGUAGAGCUGUAGUGUCUUAUACUGCAAAGCAAUUUGCACAUGUUUCUGAAGAAAGUUGAAUGAAAAUUAUUCUUCUCGAUGAAACAGACAUGUCUCUUUGAGUGUGCUCAGAAAAAACUUAAAUCUAGGUUCAUGGAUAGUCUGAUUUGCUUGUAAACGGCAUACUCAAGGUGCCAAAGUCUCCCCUCCCCAUCUCUCUUUUUGUAUGCGAGAGCCAUUGCUCCCAGCAGGAUAUACACCACUUGCACAGGCGCUAUAAAUACUAGGAAUGUUGCUAUCUACUUUUAAAACGUUGUUUCCCAAGGCUUGGAAAAACCAGCAGUUCUUGGAGAUUUGGCACAACGGCUAUCCUAAAUUCGAGGAUAAAUUUGAGUCUUUGUCGUUGUACAUUCGUGUAAACUGAUAGAUGUAAACUUUAAUAACUCGUGACAUUUUAACUGGAAAGAUAUCAUUAGCCUUCCCGGACAUUAUUCAGAAGAAUUCAUAAUGAAAAUGUAGUACAUCAUUCAGGAGGUUCUUAAAACGAUGAAAUUAUUGUUUAUUUUACAAACCGUGUAAAACUGACAGACUUUAGGAAUAAGUGUUGAUAUAAUGUUACUUCAAACUAUGAUAAUUUAUCAAUCUAUUUCUAUAACGUUGCUUAAUUUCUAUGUUUCUUGUACCAUUAGCAAGAAUAUAUUUCGCAGUAAAUAGAUUUGCUUUCAUUAUUUUGCUCAAGGUUGUACUAAAUGUCUGUUAAGAUAUAAGAAAAAGUCAUGGGGGUUCCUAUUAUCAAAAUAACCAGUUUUGUUUAUAGAUAUAAAAGGUGUGUUUAACCAACUUUAUCUUGUUUUAUCUCUUAUAUAAUUAUACAGUUUAUCUAAGACACAAGGAGAAAAUUGACCCUUUCAAGCUCCAGAACUAAAACCCAACUUUUGUGUAGCGAUUUUCUCCAACGCAGUUUGUCAUGCAAUUCAGCAUCGGCGCAUCUCAAAACAAACCCUUUAUUCUUAUGAAGGUAAACAGACAAGAAGGAAAGUUUAAUUGUUGGUAAAAGAACGUGGAAUAAUACAAACGGCAUUACUGUGUAAUUCAUCCUGUUGUACGAGGAAGCCAAUAAAAAAUACAGGAAGCUUUAGAUGGUUCUUCGGUGGAUCUACACGAAAAUACAAAAGCUACUGUUGUUCCAAUAGAUUUUCGUGAUCUACACAUUUGUUGUGGUCUCUGUAGAAUGUUGCUUAGGUUAGCUUUGACCAUUUUUAUUUUUAGACAUUUAGAGUUUGCAUUUGUUACCAUAUAGGCAUUCAAAGAUUGACUUUAUUGUUAAGUGUUAAAAGAAUUGUCUGCUAAGUUUCUGUUGUAGUUAGAACUACUUUUGUACUUCAUCUAAUUUAUUUUUAUUAUUUCUUACCUAGGAAGUAUAGUUUGUAUCCGUCUCAUUUUAGGGUAGUGAAUGGAAGUUAAAGUCACUUAUUUUGUGAUGACAUCUUCAUUGGCAUUUUAAGUUCUUUUAAUAUUAUUGUCUUCACAUACAUGCAUAGUUUCGAAUGCCAUCCUACAUAAGCAAUUUAAUCUUUAAACACUAUGCUGUUAACAACAUGGAAAACUGCAUUCUGUUAUCACCGGAAAUAAAAAUAUAAUUCAUUUUUGGUGGCCUUUAACAAAGUGAUCAUCUGUAGCAAAGGAAAUCAGACUGUUUUCUAUUUGUUCCAACUUUUCAAAAUCAGAACCCGACAACACCCUUAUAGAUUUAGUAACCAAAAUUAAAUGAUCAUAACAACACCACCUAAACAAAAGCAUGGCAAAGGUUAUUUUCUCUCCCAUCUUGUGAAAACAUCAA